CUGGAGCGGGCGAUGGAUCCGUGGGGGGAGGAGGAAGAGGAGGAGGAGGGGGCGGAGCCGGAGGUGAUUUUUGGGGAUGAGGGGGAGGAAGAUCCCUACGAUCCCAACGGAAUCCAGGGAACGCCCGACUCGAACCCAACGUUGGCGGCGGCUCCGGAAAUCGUGGAAUUGGAUCCCGGCGCCCUCUUCCCCAACCCCGACCUUUCCGAGCGGGAAACUUUCCGUUGGACCGUGGUUCAACAAAUCGACCCCGGGACGUCGUCGAAGAGCCGGAAGAGAAACCCCAAAUCCCAAAGUUUCUCCAACUUCAAGAGCAUCAUCGUGCUCCAAAAGAGCUACGAGUGCUCGGAAUGCGGCAAGAGCUUCAGCUGCAGCUCCCAUUUUUCCAAACAUCGCCGGACGCACACCGGGGAAAAACCGUUCCGGUGUUUCCACUGCGGGAAGAGCUUCAACGUCUCUUCCAACCUCUACCGGCACCAACGCGGCCACGGCGGCGCCGAAUCGGCGCCGGAAAAACCCCGCGGGCUUCCCUAUAAAUGUCAGGAAUGCGGGAAGAGCUUCCGGCGGAAUAAAGAGUUGGCCACUCAUCAACGGCUCCACACCGGGAAUUUGCCCUUCCAGUGCGGCGAUUGCGGGAAGAGUUUUUCCUGGAGUUCCCAUUGGCUUCGGCAUCAACGGAUUCACACCGGGGAGAAACCCUACGAGUGCCCGGAGUGCGGGAAGAGUUUUUCAAGGAGUUCUCAUCUUUACCGGCACCAACGCGGCCACGCCGGGGGGCGUUCGUACAUCUGCACCUACUGCGGGCGGAGUUUCGGCAGCAUCCUCCAUUUCGAGCGGCACCAACGGACGCACACCGGGAUGAGACCCUACAAAUGUUCCCUGUGCCGGAAGAGCUUCGGCGACGCGCCGGCGUUGGUGAAGCACCAACGGAUUCACCUCGGCGAGGGCCCCUUCCGCUGCGAGGAGUGCGGCAAAGCUUUCGGCGCGCGCUCGCAGUACGCGCGGCACCGGCGGAGUUUCCACGGCGGCUCCGGCGCCGAGAAGCCGUAUCGGUGCGGGGAUUGCGGGAAGAGUUUUUCCUGGAGUUCCCAUUGGGAGAGGCACCAACGGAUUCACACCGGGGAGAAACCCUACGAGUGUCCCGAGUGCGGAAAGAGUUUUGGGAGGACGUCUCAUCUUUACCGGCACCAGCGGACGCACGCCGGGGGUCGGCCCCACGUCUGCGGGGAGUGCGGGAAGAGUUUUAAUUCCACACUCCACUUCCAGAAGCAUCAGCGGGCGCACGGAGCCGGGUCCCGGAAAAGUUGCGGCGAGUGCGGGAAAACGUUCUCGGAUCCGUCGGCGUUGGCCAAGCAUCAGCGGGUUCAUGAGGGGUCCCAGCCGUAUUGCUGCCUGGAUUGCGGGAAGAGCUUCGGGCAACGCUCGGCGCUGGCGAAACACCGCAAGACGCACACGGGCGAGCGGCCGCACCGCUGCGGCGACUGCGGCAAGAGCUUCAGCCGCGGCUCCAACCUGACGCAGCACCGGCGCAUCCACACCGGCGAGCGCCCGUUCGCCUGCGGCGACUGCGGCAAAGGCUUCAUCCAACGCUCCGACCUGGAGCGGCACCAGCGCGUCCACACCGGCGAGCGGCCGUACUCCUGCGGCGAGUGCGGCAAGAGUUUCAGCGUCAGCUCGCACCUGGACCGGCACCGAAAAAUCCACGCGGCCGAACGCGCCUCGUACCGGUGUCCGGAGCACCUGGCCGGGUUUUUGGCGGCUCACCGGCACGGGAGGCUCUUCCAGUGCGGGCAGUGCGGGCGGUGUUUCGGUCAAGGCGCGGCGUUGUUGAAGCAUCAACGCUCUCACGGCACCGGCGGCGGCGCCGAACCGGCGGCGCCGAAAUGCCUGGAUUGCGGGAAAAGCCGGGGGUUGUGCCAGGAUUGCGGGCGGCAACCGGAAACGGCGCCGGAGAAGCCGUACAAGUGCCAGGAAUGCGGGAAAAGCUUCGGGCAGCGCUCGGCGCUGGUGAAACACCGGCGCAUCCACACCGGCGAGAAACCCUACAAAUGCCCCGAUUGCUCCAAAGGCUUCAUCCAAAAAUCCGACCUCACCAAACACCGGCGGAUGCACACCGGCGAGAAACCCUACAAGUGCCAGGAGUGCGGCAAGUGCUUCAGCGUCUCCUCCAACCUCUUGACCCACCAGAGGACGCAUCUGGGCGAGAAACCCUUCCAGUGCUCCGAGUGCGGCAAGAGCUUCAUCCAGCGCUCCGAGCUCACCAUCCACCGGCGCGUCCACACCGGCGAGAAGCCCUACAAGUGCCCCGAGUGCGGGAAGUGCUUCAGCCGCAGCUCGCACCUCAACCGGCACCAGCGCACCCACGGCAAAGCCGCCGCCGCCGCCUCUUCCUCUUCCUUCCCGGCCUCCUCUUCCUCCUUCUCUUCCUCGUCCUUCUCUUCUUCUUCUUCGUCCUUCUCUUCCUCCUCCUCGUCCUCGGCCUUCCCAGCGUUCCCGGGCUCCUCGGCCGUGCCGGCGGCGUUGGAGCUGCCCUGGGCGUUGGCGUUGCCGGGCCGGGCGUUCCCGGGGUUUCCGGUGGGUAAUUAGGGAGGUGGUUAAUUAGGGGUGGGGGGUUGGUUGGGUAAUUAAAGGGGGGAGAUGGGGGAUUCCCAUGGUUCC